AGCCGGUGCACUUCCCUUUAAGAGGCGCUCAGUGUAUUCACCGUUAACGGGAAUGUCAUUCCGUCGGUUCUUUAGCGACGCGGAGCUGUGGCGGUGGAGCCUGGUACCACAUCCCGCCACAGCGUCGAAUAUAGUACACGGCAAUGUGUUUUCUGUCGGCCGAACAGGGAGAGGAAACGAGGGGGCCGUCCAACGAGAGAAAGCCCAUCCCUUUAAGAGCGAGUGGGACACGGCGGUGCGAGAAAAGGAGAGGAGGGGGAGAAGAAAGAAGAGGAAUUAAAAAAGAAAAGGAAGAAAGAGACAGGGAGGGAGGAGGGAGAGAGCGAGCGAUAAAAAAAGAAAGAUGACAUCCUCGCCAUUGAAGCGCCGAGGUGGAGCGGUAGGCUGCGGCCCGGCGCAGACGCUCUCCGCCGGGGUCAGGGCUUGAACCAGACACCGAGGCUUCGAUAGACACCCGGUCGGCCUAUUGGGGAAAUCGCGAAAAUAGAUUCAUAUAUUAAAAAGCAUGAACUGCUAUUGUAUCAAAUGCGUUUGUUAACACUCCAAUUAUACUAUUAAGAUUGCGUGAAUGCAUCAUUUAUUUAUAUUGGAUGUAUAUGUAGUAUAUCGUUAAAAAUAUAUGUAAUCACACAGAAUUUUCUGGUUUCUUUAUUUUUUUACGUUCUCUUCAGUGUCAAACGCCUCGUUUAGAUUAUUAUGCUUUGACCGCUUCUAGUAAGAAAGCGGACUGAGAAGGAGAUAGGCCGUUAUUAGAGCUGGUUGGUUUCCUGGGCCUGGCCCUCGGCGACAACCCGGGGUUUUCUGUCCCUCUGAGACGCUUUGGAGAAGCCUGUCGUGUCUGCGACUCUGAAGGCGGCUCUUUGCCCCGCUACCGUCGGUGUUUCGAUCGGAGAAUGCGAACGGUCUGUUCUCACAUCUCGAACGGGACCGUUUAACGUUUGCUGACUCUUCAUCUGCAUCGCUCUGCUGCAAAAUGGAUGCUGCGUGGAGCAAUUUCCUUUUCCAGAAUACUCCCACCCAAAACCAAGUGGAGGGCAGCCUCCAAUCAGAGCUGAUGUCGGUGCACGGAAGCUCCCAGAGCCCACCUCCGGAGCACAUGACCCAGCCCCCCUCCACAGUGGACACCGCUGCGCUCAACGAAGACCCCCCGCCAGUGAAGGUGGCCCCGCGGCCGGCCCGGGCGUCCCACGUCUGCUCCAUCUGCAACAAGCAGUUCAAGAACAACUACAACCUGCGGCGCCACCAGUCGGUGCACACCGGGGUACGCAUGACCCACAGGCCCAAGGAGACGGCGGGUGGGGGGAGGUCCGAAAGGCAGACCGUCCCGCUCUCCCUCCUCCAUCUAUCCAUGGUCCCCCCCCUCGCGUCCCAGCAGCCCCCUCUGGCCGGGCUGGACGGGGAGGGGGGGGUGGCCAUGACCGCCGUAGUGGCUAGCGCUAACCCCCCCCACAAUCUGGCUCCCGCCGCUGCCGCGGUCGUCAUGGGGACGGGGGCGACAGGACAGCGUCCCGCCAACCCCAGCCCGGUGAGGAAGAACCACGCGUGCGAGACGUGUGGGAAGGCAUUCCGGGACGUCUACCACCUGAACCGCCACCGUCUGUCCCACUCGGACGAGAAGCCGUACUCCUGUCCCAUCUGCCAGCAGCGCUUCAAGAGGAAGGACCGCAUGUCCCACCACGUCCGUUCCCACCAGGGGGGGGUGGAGAAGCCCUACAUAUGCCCCCACUGUGCCAAGGCCUUCUCCCGACCCGAUCAUCUGAACAGCCACGUCAGACAGGUCCACUCGUCUGAGAGGCCCUUCAAAUGCACGACGUGCGAGUCGAGUUUCGCCACCAAGGACCGUUUGCGAGCUCACAUGAUCCGUCAUGAGGAGAAGGUGCCGUGCCACAUCUGCGGCAAGCUGCUGUCGGCCGCUUACAUCACCGAUCACAUGAGGGUGCACAACCAAUCACAGCACCACGCCUGCCACCUUUGCAACCGCAGCUUCACCACGCUGACCUACCUGCGGGUCCACGCCCAGAAGCACCACGGCCAGGAGUGGAAGGAGAGCGGGGGGGCGCUGGGCUCCCCGGCCGCCGGCGGCGUGCUGGUCUGCCAGCUGUGCGGCAUCCAGUGCAAGACCCCCACCCAGCUGCAGGGGCACAUGGGCACCCACAGUGCCUCGCAGGGGGCCCCCAGCCCGGACCCCUCCGGCACGGCGGCCAGCGGCUCCGUCUCCCUCGGCAACAUGGUGUCGGCGCCCGUGUACGUGAGCGGCGGGGGGGCGGACCUGCUGGUCACGGACUGCUCCAGCAUCGCCGCCCCACAGGCACACAGCUAACGACCCAGCUCCGGCAAUGACCCCCCCCCACCC